GGUAACGCAUAUCAUACGUUUCCUGCUAAUCAACUAAAAGAAAACAAGAAUCAGAAGAGGAAGGAAAACGUCGUUUAAGGCAUUAAUAACGAAAAUAUAACCAAUUAUACGUGUCUGACAGCGGCAAUUUGAUAUAAUGCAACGCUUUUCUAAUCAGAAAUGAUUUUAAAACGCAGUUAAGUCAAGCAGAGAAAGAACGACGUGCUGGCUUUGUUUUUAUGUUUUUAAUUGGCUACUGGAGCAAUGAAGAUCACGGACAGUCUGCUGAGGAGUUUUAAAGUUGCCAGGACUUAUCGACUGAAUUCAGAGAAAGUUAACUGUGUGGACUACAGCUCAAAUGGAGAACAUGCCGUUUCAAGCAGCGACGACGACUCUAUUGUUUUAUAUGACAUCCAGGAGGGAAAACCGUUCAGUACCCUGUACAGCAAGAAGUACGGAGUAGAUCUGAUCCGCUUCACGCAGAGGGAAGUCCAGACUGUGGUCUUCAGCUCCAACAAGCUGGACGAUACAAUUAGAUAUCUGUCGCUCUCUGACAACAAGUUUAUCCGAUAUUUCCCUGGUCACACUGCAAGGGUAACGGCUCUCUCCAUGUCUCCACUGGACGAGACGUUCAUCUCCAGUUCGCUGGAUAAGACGAUCCGCAUCUGGGAUCUGCGUUCGCCCAACUGUCAAGGUUUGACCGAUCCGUUGGGGAAACCUGUGUGUUCAUUUGACCCGGAUGGGCUGGUUUUUGCAGCUGGAGUGGAAUCACAGGCCAUCAAACUGUACGACAUUCGUGCUUUUGACAAGGGUCCCUUUGCGUGCUUUGAGGCCAGAUUAAAUCGCGUCUGUGACUGGACUGGACUGAAAUUCAGUAACGAUGGGAAGCUCAUUCUCAUUUGCACCAAUGGAGGCGCCGUUCGCAUCCUGAAUGCCUUCAGUGGAUCUGUGCUGCACACCUUUUCAGGUUACAACAAUAACAAAGGCAUCGCCCUGGAGGCCUGCUUCACCCCAGACUCACAAUUCGUCAUGAUUGGUUCAGAGGACGGAAGAGUCCAUGUUUGGAGCACUGAAAGUGGGAUGAAGGUGGCCGUAUUGGACGGCAAACAUCCAGGCCCUAUCAACACUCUGCAGUUUAACCCCAGAUAUAUGACGUUUGCCAGCGCCUGCACAAACACGCUGGUGUUGGAUUCGUUCAGAGAGCCGGUGCAGAGCUGGGACAAAGACUACGACCAGUUUGUGCUUCCUCUUCUCACGCCUCAGGAGCCCUGCUACAUCCUUUACCGCCUGGAUUCCCAGAAUGCACAGGGAUACGAGUGGACGUUCAUCGCAUGGUCACCUGACCAGUCACCAGUGAGGCAGAAGAUGAUGUACGCUGCGACCCGUGCCACACUGAAGAAAGAGUUUGGAGGCGGUCACAUCAGAGACGAAAUGUUCGGCACAGUCGAGGACGACCUGUGCUUUCAGGGAUACAUGCGCCACCGUUCCUCCUGCUCCUCUCCAGCUCCUCUGACGUCGGUCGAGCAGGAACUACAACGAAUCAAAAUCACAGAGGAUAAAGUUGUCUGGGAGGAACGGAGAAGAGUUGGAACCCCAACAGCGCGAGCGAGGGUCACAAUGGAGUUUGGCUUAGACAAGAGAGCACAGACUCUCCAGGGUCUCGCGUUCCCUUUACAGGAAGAUGCCAAACGAGCUCUGCAGCAGCUCAAGCACAAACGCAUCAACUACAUCCAGCUGAGGCUGGAUGUAGAAAGAGAGACGAUCGAGUUGGUUCACACCAAACCCACAGAAACCCACGAGCUUCCCUUCAGGAUUCCCACAGACUCCCCACGAUAUCACUUCUUUGUCUUCAAGCAUUCCCACCAAGGCCAGCUGCAGGAGGCGCUGGUGUUCAUAUACUCGAUGCCUGGCUACACCUGUAGUAUCAAGGAGCGGAUGCUGUACUCGAGCUGUAAGAACCGGUUACUGGACGAGGUGGAGCGAGACUACCAGCUGGAGGUCACCAAGAAGAUGGAAAUAGACAGCGGCGACAGUCUGACAGAAGACUUCCUGUACGAGGAGGUGCACCCCAUGGAGCACACCUUGAAGCAGGCCUUCACUAAGCCCCGAGGCCCAGGAGGGAAGAGGGGCAACAAGCGCCUCAUCAAGGGGACAGGAGAGAAUGGGGAGGAAAAUUAGACAUUGCACCCAUUAAUCAUAUCCACAGAAAUUUAGUUGUUGAAGAAAUAAUCUGCUGUUUCACUACUGACCUUCAGGCCACUGAUUCUCUAUUUUUAUUUCAGUACAAAGUUUUUAAAGUGAAAUUGAAUGAAAUGUAGAUCUCAGAUACAUUCCCCCCCCCCAACCACCAUCUGAAUCUUCGGCUGUGCAUCAUUGAGUCAGUCAACACACAGCCAACGUUUUUACACAUCAAACAUCUGAAAGUGAAUAUUACCACUAACUAUAUACUUAACCCCAAUUUGGCCUGUUGUUAAUGUUGGUGCAGCAGAUUUCUGAGGAAAUUUGAAGCCCUUUAAAGAUGUACACUACACUCAAUCGUUAUGGUUAACCGUGCAGGAAACCGUGAAGCAAAUUAACCUUUUAUUUCAGUAGUAUGAGAAAACAAACAAACUUUAAUUUUAUUCCUAUUAUUCAGUGGAGAAACACAGUUGGAUAUAACUAACCCCACACUGCUUGUGUAAAAUAAAUGUUAUGAAAGCAUAUUUUCUACUCGAUGUUUCAAGUUUAUUAGACGUGUAGGAACCUUUAAUCAGCAAUCAAUAACAUCCUGUAUUUCUUUGGUAUAAAUAUAUUGUAACAGAAGUAAAUUUUUCACUUAGCCUCUCUUCAAAACUACAAAGACACUUAAGCAUUUUUUUUUCUUAUCCUCUAAGUGAAAAUGUCGCCAUAAUUGUAGAUCUAAUUGGUUUUUAUAAUGUGCACCUGAUGUGAUCCCACUGUGACUGACUUUUCAUUAUUUCUCUU